UUUGAUUACAUCAAUUUGGCCGUGGAGCAGCCAUGCUGUCGAUGUCGAUUGUCUCACAUGUUGUUCAUACUCAUUGCCUCUCCAGACCAAUGCCCAUAUAAAAACUGCUCGCCUUCCUUCUCUGGUUUGGAAGUAUAUGAAAGUUGCCGCACCAACCAUCCCGGGCGGCCUCAAGUCCUUCUUUGUUCUCGUUCCGUGCAGGUUUUUAAACUACUCCCCGUAACGAAAAUCUGCUCCUUCGUCAGCUUCUUCUUCUCCUCCUAAAGGAAAAAGGGAUGGUUGAUUCCUUCGACGAGGAGUGCGAUUACUUGUUCAAGGCCGUCUUGACCGGCGAUUCCGCUGUCGGGAAAUCGAACCUCCUGUCGAGAUUCGCCAGGGACGAGUUCCAGUUGGAUUCGAAACCCACCAUAGGAGUGGAGUUCGCAUACAGGAACGUCAAAGUCGGGGAGAAGCUCAUCAAAGCCCAGAUAUGGGACACUGCAGGGCAGGAAAGAUUUCGAGCCAUCACCAGUUCAUACUAUCGUGGGGCGCUGGGAGCGCUGCUGGUGUACGACAUCACGCGCCGAGCGACUUUCGAGAACGUGAAGAAAUGGCUGCGCGAGCUCAGAGACUUCGGGAAUCCCGACAUGGUGGUGGUCCUCGUCGGGAAUAAGUCCGAUCUGAGCAGCUCUAGAGAAGUGGACCUGGCAGAAGGGAAGAGCUUCGCAGAGGCAGAGGAUCUGUGCUUCAUGGAGACUUCUGCUCUGGAGAAUCUGAACGUUGAAGAAGCGUUCCUGGAGAUGAUCACCAAAAUCCAUGAGAUCACUAGCCAGAAGAGCUUAGAAGCCAAGAGCAACGAAGUCACCAGUAGCCUCCAGGGUCCUAAGCAGAUCAUUCAGAUUGAUGAGGUCACUGCUACUAAAAAAUCAUCCUGUUGUUCAACUUAAUCCCAACCAUUAUUUUUUUUUUUACGAGUCAGUACCAAAUUUAUAAUUGUCUACUGACCAUAUCUUGAAUUUUUUUUUUUCGGAAUGUGGGUCCAUUCAGCUUCCUUGUUGUGACUUACUGUUCCUCUGUUUUUACACCUUCCCUUCAUUUUUGAUGUACUGAUUCAGAUGAGAAAUGAAUGAAACGUUGUUCUGUA